AUGUCCGAAAGGUCAUAUAUUGUUGAACUCCUUUCGCCAAUAUUUCGAUCCUUUAGGAAUGCAUUUCCCGAAGUUAGAUACGAGUGGAUCGAGAAAGAUGUCAAAUCUCUAAAGGAAGCUGGCAAGAUGUUUGCAAUCAACGUAAAGGCUCGAAAAACUGAUCUGUUGAUUAUGAGGCUGUCCGAUGGCAGGGAAAUUCUACACAUCGAAGUGUCCGGACCACCUUACAAACCAGAAAAGCGACAUACAGUUGGAGACGCAAAAAAAUUACUCAUGAUGGCCGUUUUUAAAUCAUAUAGUAUUCAGAACCAUUGGAUGCUACAAAUAAAUCUUUGGAAUGAGUUUAUCGAACAAGAAGAACUUCUAGAAGAAAUUAGUUAUUUUAUGCCCUUGGUCAAUGAUGAUGCCAAUAACCUACGAGAGUGGAUACAUUUACCAGACGAUGAUCUAAUAUCCGUGACGGAAGGGAAAUAA